UCUGCACUUGACAGCUACUGUCAAUCAGCUCUCUGCCAGGAGAAGCAACUACAAGAUGAGUGUCCAAGAGGAUUCGGUUAAGAGCAAUGGUGUCGCGGUCAUGGCUGAGAGCAGCUGUACUCAGAAGGCUAUGUCAGACUUAAAGAUGAACUCCACUCUGAACGGAGAAGCCAUCACAUCCGAGCUCAGUUCAACGUCUGAGCUGGAGGAAGCCACUGAAGGACUUUCACUAGAAGAGCCCAGGGCAGUUCCUCUGUCGACGGCCAAAGCACAGACCGCUCUGGCCCCAGCAGACCAGCUAUGGAGCACCAGCAGAGACCAGGCGGUGCGGCUGAGGAUGGAGGGCUCGGGUGCGGCCUCAGUAACCCCCAUUACCAUCCAUCAGCUCUUCAUGGAGACGGUGGAAAAUUACGGGGAUCGUCCCGCCUUGGUUUCCAAAACAGAGGGCCAGUGGGUGACCCUGACGUGGAGGCAAUACUACGAGCAGUGCCGUGGAGCAGCUAAAAGCUUCCUCAAGUUGGGGCUGGAGCGUUACCAUGGUGUGGGGAUCCUGGGAUUCAACUCAGCUGAAUGGUUCAUCUCAGACGUCGGCUGCAUUUUUGCCGGGGGUCUGGCAGCUGGGAUUUACACCACCAACUCCCCUGAAGCUUGUCAGUAUGUUGCUGAAAGCUGUGAGGCUAAUAUCCUGGUUGUGGAAAACCAGAAACAGCUUGAAAAGAUUCUGCAGGUUAAAGAUCAACUACCUCAUCUGAAAGCAAUUGUCCAGUAUAAAGGCGAGCUGCAGCAGAAAGCACCCUUCCUGUAUACAUGGGCAGAGUUCAUGAAGCAGGGAGAAGACGUGCCUGACGAGCAGCUGGAUGCUGUGAUUGACAGUCUUCGGGCCAAUGAGUGCUGCACCCUCAUCUUUACCUCGGGAACAACUGGCAACCCUAAAGGAGUCAUGUUGAGCCAUGACAAUCUGACAUGGACAGUCCGUACGGCAUCUCUCGUGGCCGGUCUUAAGUACGGUGAGGAGGUGUUGGUCAGCUACCUGCCGCUCAGCCAUGUUGCAGCCCAGCUAAUUGACAUGUGGAUGUGUGUUUGUUUUGCCAUGACAACAUACUUCGCAGAUCCAGAUGCUCUCAAGGGCUCCUUAGUGAACACACUGAAGGAGGCUCGUCCCACUUGUUUCCUGGGGGUUCCUCGUGUGUGGGAGAAGAUGCAGGAGAAGAUGAAAGCUGUCGGUGCCAAGGCAUCCCCAAUGAGGAGCGCAGUGGCAGGCUGGGCCAAGUCCAUAGGCCUGCAGUACAACUACAGUGUCAUGAACGGGGAAAAUCAGGUGCCGUGGGGCUUCAUGCUGGCUAAUAAUCUGGUCUUUAAGAGAGUCCGUGAAGCGCUGGGUUUAGACCGCUGCAAGUUCUGCUUCACGGGCGCUGCCCCCGUCACCAAAGACACUCUGGAGUACUUCAUGAGCCUGAACAUGCCGCUGUUGGAGUUAUACGGCAUGAGUGAAAGCUCCGGCCCACAUACCAUCUCUUCUAACAGCAGCUACUGCAUCGCAAGCUGUGGAAAGGUGAUGCCAGGCGCCAAGACAAAGCUGGAGAACCCUGAUCAGGACGGGAGUGGAGAGAUAUGUUUCUGGGGUCGCCACGUGUUCAUGGGCUACCUGAACAUGCCGGACAAAACAACAGAGGCCCUCGACCAGGACGGCUGGCUGCACUCUGGAGAUCUGGGAAGACACAAUAAGAAUGACUUCCUCUUCAUCACAGGAAGGAUCAAGGAGCUGAUCAUCACCGCCGGAGGAGAGAACAUCCCUCCCGUACUUAUCGAGGACUCAGUGAAGUCCGAGGUGGCCAUCAUUAGCAACGCCAUGCUGAUCGGAGACAGGCUGAAGUUCCUCUCCAUCAUGGUCACACUCAAAUGUGUGGUGGACGACAACGGCGAUCCCACAGACGCACUGACCCCGGAGGCCUUGAGUUUCUGCCAGCAGCACAACGUCACAGCGACCACGGUGUCAGGGAUCAUAGCCAAUAAGGAGCCAGCUAUCUACACAGCCAUUCAGGAGGGCAUAGAGCGCGUCAACGCCAGAGCGACGUCCAACGCCCAGAAGAUCCAGAAGUUUGUCAUCCUGGAGCAAGACUUCUCCAUCGGUGGAGGAGAACUGGGACCCACCAUGAAACUGAGGAGGCCCAUUGUUGUGAAGAUGUACCAGGAGAAAAUUAACGAAUUGUAUGGAGUGGCCAUGGAAAAGUAGUAGACUGUAAUUGCACAGAUAAUGCUGAGGAUAGGUGUUCUGAGAAACUGCAGGCAUGUUUAUGAAUGUUCUACUGUGCACAGAGGUCAUGUUGUGAAGUAUAUCAAUCUCUUUUCAACUGAAUGUUAAACCUUCAAAAUACAUUUUUUAUUUAAGGGGAAAAAUCAUAAAUCUGAUUGUGUUUUUAAUAGAAAAGUGUUUUUGCUGCUAUGUUUAAAUAAGCUUCUGUUAUUAUUUAAGCUGUUAAAUGUACAUACGGUCUCAAAGCAGCUGUGCACCUUUUGUAAAUAAAUCAUCCAAAUCAGAGCCAAAUCUUGCCAUUUCCCGUUGGCAUAUACGGAAAACACUGGAUUGUGUCAUUCAUCAUUUUUUUGUUUUUUAAGGAACUUUUGUUCUUCCACUGUGGCCUGAGAGAUGAAACUCACUUGGACAUAAGCUUACCAGAAUGCUUACACUAUGUUUGAAGCGGCGAUUCAUAAAGAUUACUACUCAAAGAUUUUACAGCAUUAAUCGCCAAUUUCGUUCUCAUGUUGUGAGAUCAUUCCAAUCUAGCAAAGCUGUAUACAUUCCCCCUAAAAACUGGAUGAAAUAUUUGAUUUAAGAUAAGAAUAUCAAGUUGAUACAUUUUUCCCAACACAAGUGCAAUUUUAAAGCAUACAUUUUUAUUUGUGCUUCUCCAUGUACAGUUUGACAAAUAUUAAAAUGUUUAUUUUGUGGCAGAUGUUCCACGAUUGUCAAUAAAGAGGGAACGAAUCGACCAAA